AAGCCAGUUUGACAGUUGACUUUUCGCCGUCAUUAGGCUGAAAUACUUGUACUCAAGUUGUAUCAUGGGAGUUUUCUCACAUCUUAGACCUGCCUCGGCAGAACGGGACACAGUGUACUCAAUGCUAUGUAUCUUGUGUUUCCGCCUUGGGAUGACUAUGGACCUUACUAGGUUGCUUAGUGAGGCUUGUAUAUGUUUAUUCCCUUGCUAAGCUGUGUACGAAUAAAUGACCGCGAGAGUGUUUGUCUCGUACGCGCAAAUCGGCUUGAUGGAGUAAAUAGCCUACAAUGGUAUCGCUUGGAUUCGGACUUCACAUUUAGAGACGAACGUUAUUCGAACUCAUUGCACAGUAGUUCGAGGGGCGAUUCGAGGCACCUUUGAGCUUAAGCGUAAAAUCCGUGUAGAAUGCGAUUGCGGUCUGUCGCCGUAAGACUGUUGCUAGGAUCUGCUUGGUCCGAUUGGAAGCUGUUCCUUGAAAGUUGAGUAUCGCGUUGAUAUGCCUUUGGGGCUGACCUUCCGCGCCAUUUUCUUAAUACUCACUCAUUGCCAGAUGUCACUAAUUCCGAUCGCAUUUUUGAUGCAGCGCCUCGUCGGGAAUUUGGAAUGCUUAAAAGUGGAUGACGAAUAGAACCAGGUGUGUAUUACAUUAUGCCAAAUGCUUACAACUACUACUUCUCAUGCUUGCACCUCACUACGGCUGAGUUUUCCAAUUAUACGUGGAAUUACAUACAGUACAGUCUUGCAAGCGGAGAGCCGUUUGAAGCCUUCGGCAUAUUGGAGUGACGUCAUGGUAUGAUCUUGGUAUAAACCACUGGGCCGGUCCUUUCCCGCUCGGAUGCAUCCCUUCCUUCGUUUCCCACUUGCACCAUCAUUGCUCUGUCAUCAGUUAACAUCUAACAGGAGCUCUCAGUUCCUUCAAACAAGUUUCAUCACGUCGCCGAAAACAAGAAGCGCAGGUACCACGUCGAAGGGCAUCGGCAAAACCAAGGACAUGUCUUCGAGUGAACCAGCCACCAAGAAACAGAAGACACAGGAAUAUGUACUCUACUAUUGGCCGGGAAUUCCCGGCCGAGGCGAAUACGUUCGUCUAGCUUUCGAACGUAGCGGUACCCCUUAUACCGAAUUCAACGAUGGCUCGAAGCUCCUUGGGAUUCUUACUAACCCUAAGAAAGUUGGACAUCCGACGCACUUUGCGCCUCCGGCUUUGAAGUUACCUAGUGGAAGGUUCAUCAGCCAGACACCGGCUAUCUUGAACUAUUUGGCUCCGAGAUUGGGGUUAGCCGGAGAGAAAUGGGUGAAGAUCUCGGAGAAGCAGAAAGAAGGCGAGAAAGUUGAAGUUGGGAGUGAGGAGUAUGAGGGGGCUGAGGAAGAAAGGUCCACGGUCAAUCAGCUAGUAUUGACCGCUUUGGAUUUGUGCAACGAGACGCACGAUGUUCACCACCCUGUUGCCACUGAAGAUUACUACGAGGACCAAAAGGAUGUGUCUUUGCGACGAGCUGUAUCGUACAGGAAGAAUCGCCUUCCCAAAUUCCUUGCGCACUUUGAGAGGGUCCUCGAUUGCAACCCAGAAAACAAGAACGGCAACACAUACCUGGUCGGAUCUAGGACCACGAAUGCGGAUCUGGUACUCUUCCACGUAUGUACUUCUCUCAUACCGUUUGUCUCUGGUAUGAUUUCUCAGCCGUCACGUUAUAGGUUGUCUCUGGUGUAGAAUUCGCCUUCCCAAUACGAGUUGCCGCUUUGCGCAAGAGCGGAAAAUACGACAAGGUGUUUGCAUUAAAGGAACGCAUCGAGAAUGAGGGCGGGAUCAAGGAAUAUAUCGAGAGCGGGCGCAGACAGCCAUUCUCAAUGGGCUUGUUCAGACAUUAUGAGGAAUUGGAUGCUGAGGAGUAACGACUGAGACGUCGUCAAAAGAGUUGAAUCAAAAGACUGCGCCCUGAGGUUUAUAUAGGGAAUAUUCUACGGGCUGUAUGAUUAUAUGGACAUCUGUGUAUUAAACAAAGGGUUGUCAACAGUGGUUGACUAUUUAUAAGAUUUGAUCGGAAUGUAAACGGGUUUUGAUUAUUCGUCCAGAGUCUAUGCAUUA